UUUGCUGUGUACGAAGUAGGAUGGCUUCUUCUUCUUCUUCCACUACUGUUGAAGUGAAGAAGCAUGAUGUAUUCCUCAGUUUCUGUGGUGUUGACACCCGCAACACUUUUACCAGCACUUUACAUGGAAUUUUGAAGAGUAGAAAUAUAAAUGUUUUCAUUGAUUACGAACUUAGGAGAGGAGAGAACAUUUCUUCAUCUCUUAUUAGGGAAAUUUCAGAUUCCAUGAUUUCAGUUAUCAUUUUCUCUGAAGGUUAUGCAUCUUCAAGAUGGUGUCUGGAAGAACUUGUUAAGAUCAUGGAGUGCAGGGAUACGCAAAAACAGGUGGUAAUACCAGUUUUCUAUCAUAUCAAUCCAUCAGAUGUAAGGAAGCAAACUGGAAAUUUCGGAGAGGGAUUUAAAAAGCUUGUAGAAAGUUAUGGUGAGAAGAACUUAGAGAGGGUACAACUGACAGAAGAACAAUUUAAAGAUAAGGUGCUGCAGUGGAAGAAUGCUUUGACAGAAGCAGCUAAUAUAUCCGGCCGAUCAACAGAAGAGGACCCGUACAGUUUUUUUUCUUUUUUGUUCGAUUACAAUCUUGCAAAUAAAGUUGUCAUAGAUAUUUGGAAGACACUAAACAUCAUGAUCCCAACUAAUGAUUACAAAAAAUUGUUUGGAGUUGAAUCAACCAUCCAGCACAUUAUAAAUUUACUGUGCACUGGGUCAAGAAAUGUCCAUGCUAUAGGAAUUUGGGGAAUGCCUGGUAUAGGUAAGACAACUAUUGCAGAGUGUGUAUUCAACAAAAUAAGUGAUUCUUUUAAGGGUUCUUAUUUUGCUGAAAAUAUUAGGGAAGAAUCAAUGAGUACUGAUGGACUAAAUCCAAUGCGGCACAAACUUCUUUCAACUAUUUUAAAACAUCCUGAUAUGGAGAUAAAUUCUAAAGUAAAAAAUGAAAUGCUUAAACGUAAACAAGUUUUCAUUGUUUUUGAUGAUGUGACAACUUUGAGUCAAAUAGAGUGUUUAGUUGAAGAUAUAUAUUGUUUUGGCCAAGGAAGUCGAAUCAUUAUAACAUCUACUGAUAGACAAGUACUUCGAAGUUGUGGAGUUGGUGAAAAAUAUAUAUAUGAGAUGAUAGGGUUGCAUGAGGAUGCAGCUCUUCAGCUUUUUAGUUGGUAUGCUUUUAAACAAAGUAAUCUUGACAAAGAUUACAAUGGCCUAUCAAAAAGGGUUGUAAAUUAUGUUGAAGGUGUUCCAUUAGCUCUUAAAGUGUUGGGUUGCCAUUUAAUUGGUAAGUCAAAACAAAUUUGGGAAAGUGCAAUAAAUAGAUUAGAAAUAAUUCCUCAUAAGGAUAUUCAUAAUGUACUAAAAUUAUGUUAUGAGGGACUGAGUGAUGAUGAACAAAAUCUAUUCUUAGAUAUUGCAUGUUUCCUUAAGUUAGAGAAUAUAGAAUUUGUGAUGGACUUCUUGAAUGCUUGUUACUUGGAGGCUGAAAUCGGACUAAGUGUUCUCAAAGACAAGUGUCUCAUGACCAUAUCAAGAGACAACAAGGUAAAAAUGCAUAAUUUGCUUCAAACUAUGGGAAGGGAAAUUGUCCGACAAGAAUCCUUGAGAAAUCCUGGUUUACGCAGUCGUUUAUGGUACCAUGAAGAUACCUUCAGUGUAUUGAAGGAAAAAAAGCCAAUUUUUUCGUCAAAGAACCUUGUUUCACUUGACAUGCCUCACAGCAGUAUUGAACAACUUUGGUCUGGUGGUCAGCUCCAUAAUUUGAAACAUAUUGAUCUCCGUUUUUCUAAACAUUUGAGAGUGCAAGAUCUCUCAUUGACUCCGAAUCUUAAAAUUUUGGUUUUGGAAGGUUGUAUAAGUUUACAUGAGAUUUCUUCAUCUAUUGACGGUUGCGAAUAUAAGCUUCAUAUGUUAAAUCUAAGGCACUGCAGAGGCCUUGAGAGUCUUCCGACAAACAUUCAUGUAGCUUCUCUUGAAAAAGUUAUCUUUUCUGGAUGUUCAAAACUCAAGAAGUUUCCCCAAGUCUCGUGGGAUAUGAAAGAGUUAUAUUUAGAUGAAACUGCAAUCGAGGAGUUGCCAUUAUCAGUAGAGAAUUUAUCCAGACUGAUUAAAUUAAAUCUUAAGGACUGCUCAAAGCUUAAGAGGCUCCCAAGCAAUAUCUGCCAGUUGAAAUCUCUUAAACAUCUCCAUGUGUCUGGGUGUUUAAAACUUCAUGGAUUGCCAGAUAAAUUGAGAAAUUUAGAUGCGUUGAGGGUGCUUAAAGCAGAGAGGAUCGCUACAAGAGAAGUUCCAACAUCCAUUCUAAAUUUAAGCUGUCUAGAAGAAUUAGAUCUGACCAACUGUAGUAUUGUGAAGUUACCAAACAAUAUUGGUCGGUUAUCAUCACUAAAAUGUUUACUUCUUGGCAGAAACUUCUUUGACAGCACUCCGGAAAGUAUUGUAUACCUGUCUAAAUUAUCUUAUCUUGAUGUAAGCUAUUGUGAGAGGCUUCGAAUCCUGCCGUUGCUUCCAAGAAAUUUAGAAAUUAUAGAUGCAAACAAUUGCAUAUCAUUGGAAGCAUCACCAUGUAUGUUCGAUGUCUUCAGAAGAUAUUUUCCUUACAGCAUAAGAAUUAACUUCUGCAAUUGUUUCAAACUGGAUCAAAACUACCUCUGUAAAAUUAUAAAAUAUUUUCGAAGAUCAAGGAUUCCUGAUACUUCAAGGGUAUGUAUGGAUGGGGAAAACUGAAUGGUCUCCUCACUCUUUCUUAUUUGGUAUGAUGUCCAUUACUGGUUAACUUCAUUUUUAUUUCUUGUUUUCUGCUACAGAGAUUGGAACAGGGAAAUUUUCUAAAAACUGAGAGUGGUUACAUCAGUUUUCCGGGAAGUGAAAUUCCAGAGUGGUUUGUCUUUCAGAGUAUAGGUUCUUUUAUAACUCUGCCUCCACAGGCAAAUUUUAUUCGUAGUGAAUUGACUUCUCUUGUUAUCUGUGUUGUGGUGGAGUUUCAAGAAUAUCAUAAUAAAGGCCAGGGUUUGGCAAUUGGCUUUGAGUGGUCGGUCACCAAUGAAGAUGGUGUAAAGGAAGUCUUCCAUGGAACUUUGAGUGUAUGGGACUAUGGUACUGGACCCGACUAUGUGGAUUCAGAUCACCUAUUCCUGGGAUAUGAUCUUACUUCUAAGUUGUCUGAUCCACUUUUACCUAGAGAUAAAAGAUAUCGUGACAUAAGCAUCCGAUUUCAUGUUGAGAAUUCAUAUACUAAAAGACUAGAUUGCUGCAAAGUGAAAAAGUGUGGAGUUUGGGGUACAUUCUUUUGGCCAAAAAAUUGAAAUUUUCAAUGGCUGUGGAUCCAGCUCAAGGUAAAUAAGUUACUAUUUUCUUUUUCCGUUGUCUUUCUGUAAAGUCUUUUUUUUUGAAGAUUUCAUUUUGCUUCGAUUCUUAGAUA